CUGGGCGUGUCCACAGCACCAGUUACAUAAGGUCGUCGUCUGAGGCGGCCUUUCGCCAUUUUGAGAUAGUCCGACGGACGCGGCAGAAAGCGGGGGAUUUUCUGGUUCCGAGACCAGAGAGGCCGGAUGGUGAAAUCCUCCCUCCAGCGGAUACUCAAUAGCCAUUGCUUUGCCAGAGAAAAAGAAGGAAAUAAAAGAAACUGCGCCAUGCCUCUUCUGAGUAUACCCAGUAGUAGUGAAAGUUCCAGAGUUUCUUUCAAUUGCUGUAGUAACCUGGGUCCCGGGCCUCGGUGGUGUUCCUGAUGUCCCUCACCCACCCCUGAAGAUCCCAGGUGGGCGAGGGAAUAGUCAGAGGGAUCACAAUCUUUCAGCUAAUUUAUUUUAUUCUGAUAAUAGGCUGAACAUAACAGAAGAGCUUACAUCCAAUAACAGGACCAGAAUACUCAAUGUCCAAUCAAGUCUGACAGACGGCAAACAAGUGAGUUGGAGAGCUGUGCUAAACAAUAACAACCUCUAUAUAGAAAUCCCGACUGGCACUCUACCUGAUGGCAGCAAAGACAGCUUUGCAAUUCUACUAGAAUAUGCAGAAGAGCAACUCCAAGUGGGUCAUGUCUUUAUCUGCUUCCACAAGAACAGGGAUGAUAGAGCCAUGCUUCUCCGAACAUUCAGAUUCUUGGGCUUUGAGAUUGUGAUACCUGGACAUCCCCUUGUCCCUAAGAGACCAGAUGCUUGCUUUAUGGCUUACACCUUUGAAAGAGAUUCUUCUGAUGAAGAUUAGACAGCCCUGCAAUGUUUGCUUUUUUUUUUUUCUUUGCCCUACCCACAUCUAGAGAUGGAAUGCGAGAAAUCUUGUCAAUUUAAGCUGUUGAUUUAUGCCUGUGCCCAUUUGGGACUGAGAGAAGAGGCAAGAUCUUGAGAUUUUCAUCCUUUUUUUUCCAGAAGUUUUUUGUCUGCAUGUUAUGAAUAAAUGCCACUCCAGAUUAUUGCUAUAUGAAUGGAGGUUUAAUGUGUUUUGUGAUAGCAGAGUACUUUUUCUUUAAUUCUAAAUAAAACAUUUAUAUUUUACUUUCUCUGUUUUAAAGUUAAACAUCUUAAUGAAAUGUGGUGAUCCAGUAGUAUAAGUAGUCUAAAAUCCCUAAAAGCCUAAACAAGGAGUCAAAAUCCAUCUGACAGAGGGUUUAAAGUAAUCACUUCUCAUACUUGCCCUUCUAUAGAUAGAAAGUAAACUGGCAGAUUAACACAAUUGUUUAUCUAAUAAAAGGUGCAAUGGUUGCUGCUGGUA